AUGGAGGCAUUCCUGCAAACCCAGGCAAAGUUCAAGCUGGACAAGGGUCUCGCCAAGAUCCCCGCCGCCUUGAACAAGAACUACCAGCGCCAUGGCACAAAGUCGUACGUUCACUUGCUCAACAAAUACAAGUUCGAGCCCACCAAAGCCGGCCCCUAUGUCCAGACCAAGAGGAUGGCGCAAAGGGGUCUUGCUGCCCCGGGCUUCAAUGCCCCUCUCGGCGGUCGCGUCUCUAUGAAGAACGUUUUGGUGAAGAAGACCGACUCUGGGGAACAGAGCGGAGAGGUCACGGCGGAGGACCAGCAGUACGACUCCAUGUACCUCUGCGAGGUGUCCAUCGGCACGCCGCCGCAGAAGUUCAAGCUGGACUUCGACACCGGCUCCUCUGACCUUUGGGUCUUCUCAACUGAGCUCAGCAGCUCCCUCCAAUCCAACCACAACAUCUUCGACGCCUCCAAGUCCUCCACGUUCAAGAAACUCGACGACCUCUCGUGGAAGAUCUCGUACGGCGACGGCAGCUCCGCCUCGGGCGACUGCGGCACCGACAACCUCGUCCUCGGCGGGCUGACGGUCGAGAACCAGGUCGUCGAGCUCGCGCAGCAGCUCGCGCCGCAGUUCUCCCAGGGCACCGGCGACGGCCUGCUCGGGCUGGCCUUCAGCUCCAUCAACACGGUGCAGCGCGACGGCAACAUCCGCGACCCGCAGAAGACGCCCGUCGACAACAUGAUUGCGCAGAAGGAUAUCCCCUCGGGCGCGGAGCUCUUCACCUCAGCCUUCUACAGCGAGCGCGACGAGGGUAACCCGAAGUCGUUCUACACGUUCGGUUGGAUUGAUACGGACCUCGUCUCGGCGUCCGGGGAGGAGAUCCACUGGACCGAGAUUGACAGCUCACAGGGGUUCUGGAUGUUCGAGUCCGGCAGCGCGAGCGUGAACGGGAAGGCCGUCGGCAAGAGCGGGAACAAGGCCAUUGCUGACACCGGCACGACGCUCGCGCUGGUCGCGGACGACGUGUGCGAGGCGCUGUACGCCGCGAUCCCCGGGUCCAAGUACGACGACCAGCAGCAGGGGUACGUCUUCCCGACGAGCACCAAGGCGGACGACCUGCCCGAGUUCAAGGUCGCCGUGGGGGACAAGGAGUUUGUGAUUCAGAAGGAGGACUUGGCGUUUGCGCCUGCUGAGGACGGAUGGUGGUAUGGCGGUGUGCAGUCGAGAGGGUCAAACGAUUUUGACAUCCUUGGUGACGCAUUCUUGAAGUCCAUCUAUGCUAUCUGGGACCAGGGAAACACUCGGUUUGGAUGUGUUCCGAAGAUUGAGAAGACGCAGAACCUGACUCCGCCAUCGGGCUCGGCGACCGGGUCCAGCAAGAUUGAGACGAUCAACAGAAGAUGGUAA